CGUGCUUGAUCGUGGAUUUAUUCGUGUAACAUAAUUUACUAAAACUCAUCAUGGGAGACGAAAAAGUGAAAGCGGACCCAUCGGCUCCAUCCGCACCGGAAUACAGUGUGGGCGACUUCAAUUCUACCACCAAGCUAGCCGAUUCGCAGAUCAUCUCCGAUGCCGAAUAUAAUCCCUUCGAGCACCGACAGAUUGAGAAGCCCAACAGUACGGCCGGUUCGUUGAUCCAUCUGCUGAAGAGUUCGCUCGGUACGGGAAUUCUGGCCAUGCCGGUAGCGUUCAAAAAUGCCGGUCUACUGUUCGGUGCCAUCGGUACGAUCGUCAUUGGGCUGAUCUGUACACACUGCGUGCAUAUACUGGUUAAAACAUCCCACAUGGUCUGUCAACGAACAAGGAUACCGGUGCUAGGAUUUGCCGAAACAGCUGAGCGUGUCUUCCAGUAUGGGCCGCCGAAGCUACGACCGUUGGCCGGCUUUUCAAAAGCCUUCGUCGAUUAUGCCCUGAUGGCGACGUACUUCAGUGCCGGGUGCGUGUACAUCGUGUUCAUCGCGACGUCCUUCCACGACGUUAUCAACCACGAAACCGGCAACGAUUGGAGCGUGCGAAUCUACAUUCUACUAACGAUGAUACCGAUCCUGGUGAUCGGACAGAUCCGAGAGCUCAAGUAUCUCGUACCGUUCUCGGCUCUCGCCAACCUGUUCAUUGUGGUCACGUUCGGUAUCACGCUGUACUACAUCUUCAAGGAUUCGUUGGAGUUUGACGAUAAGCCAAUGUUUGCCUCCUUCGGUACCCUGCCACUGUUCUUCAGUACCGUCAUUUUUGCCAUGGAAGGCAUCGGUGUCGUAAUGCCGGUAGAAAACUCAAUGUCCAAACCGCAACACUUCCUCGGAUGUCCCGGUGUACUAAACACGGCCAUGGGUACCGUGAUCGUACUGUAUGCCGUAAUUGGAUUCUUUGGUUAUGUGCGCUUUGGAGACGAGUCUAAGGGUAGCGUGACCCUCAAUCUUCCUCUUGAGGAUUCUCUGGCGGUAGCGGCACAGAUUCUAAUCGCGCUUGCAAUUCUGUUCACCUUCGGUCUUCAAUUCUACGUCCCGAUGGAUAUUCUGUGGCGCAAAAUCCACGACAAAAUACCAAAGAACAAGCACAUGAUUUCCCAGAUUGCCCUGCGGUCCGGCAUUAUGAUUCUGAUGGGUGGCAUUGGACUGGCCGUACCGGAGCUCGAACCAUUUAUCGGUUUGGUUGGGGCCGUCUUCUUCUCCAGUCUCGGUCUGUUUGUGCCGUGUGUCGUCGAAACCGUGUUCCUAUGGCCGAACGAACUUGGCAAGUUCCGCUGGGUGCUUAUCAAGAACGUCAUCUUCGGAGCGUUCUCGAUCUUUGCGCUUGUUGCGGGUGCGUACGUCAGUAUUAAGGAUAUCGUAGAACUUUACACGGAUGAUGACGAUCAUACGGAGUAGAACG